UUUUCCCGCCGGAGUCAGGCUCAGCGACAGCCGUCCCUAUUGCACAGGCGCAGUGCCACCUACAGAGCAUGGAAGUGGUGGGUCUUUUGUGUUUGGCGGCGGCGGUCCUAGCGUGGGGUUUCCUGUGGGUUUGGGACUCCUCGGAACGAAAGAAGAGUCAGGAGCAGGCUAGCCUGCUGGGAGGCGGAAGCCGGACCCUCCUGGUGAUCGCGCACCCCGACGAUGAAGCCAUGUUCUUCGCCCCCACUGUGCUGGGCUUGGCCCGCCUGAGGCACCGGCUGUUCCUGCUCUGCUUCUCCGCAGGAAAUUACUACAAUCAAGGAGAGAUUCGUAAGAAAGAACUUUUGCAGAGCUGUGAUGUUUUGGGGAUUCCACCCUCCAGUGUAAUGGUUAUUGACAACAGGGAUUUCCCAGAUGACCCAGGUGUGCAGUGGGACACAGAGCAUGUGGCCAGCGUCCUCCUCUGGCACAUAGAAGAGAAUGGCAUCAACCUGGUGGUGACUUUUGAUGCCGGGGGAGUGAGUGGUCACAGCAAUCACGUUGCUCUGUAUGCGGCCGUGAGGAUCCUGCACUCAGAAGGGAAGUUACCUAAAGGGUGCUCUGUGCUCACGCUUCAGUCUGUGAAUGUGCUGCGCAAGUAUAUCUCCCUUCUGGACCUGCCCUUUUCUCUGCUUCAUACCCAGGAUGUCCUCUUCAUGCUCACCAGCAAAGAAGUGGCACAAGCUAAGAGAGCCAUGUCCUGCCACCGCAGCCAGCUCCUCUGGUUCCGCCGCCUCUAUGUGCUCUUCUCCCGCUACAUGAGGAUCAACUCGCUGAGCUUCCUCUGAAGCCCUGAAGAGUUUUCAGACCUGAGGAACAAAAGGAGAAGAAAGACCAGGAAGCCCAGGGGCCUGUCCUGGAGCUGGAGCUGGCUUAUCUCCCUGAGCCAAAGGAGAUCCCAGCAUAGGGUGGCCUCCCAGAGCUCGCCUCCCAGAGCUCUGCUCAUCCACAUGGUCAGACUCUAAUGAAAGGGAGGCCAUGCAGGACAACGGGCUGUCCAAACUUCCGUCUCUUCCUCUGGGGAAAAAAACCACAAAAACCAAAAACCAUCAAACCCCAGGAUAAUAAUAGCUACACUGCUAGCUUCUCAAGUUCUUGUGAAAAACAAUUUACAUGAUGACACAAUGGAUGUCAAACACGGACACAGAGCCUGCUGUUAUUCCAAGUGAACGCAGAAGUGCUCUGAUGUCACUUCACAGAUGCCCUGAUGCAGGACGUUUACACUGUUUCCAAAGCAGGCUCACCAACACAGGCUCACCCGCCAGAUCAGUCUGUACUGAACGAGUCCAACUGUACUUCCUUUGAUUUAUCUUUGUGGCCUACGUAGACGAUUUGAAUCUCGGGAACUUGCUUUAUUGAACAUCACAGGCAUUGAGUGGAGCUCCCCAGGUCCAGUCACUGCCCAGCAUUUCCUUCAGAGACUAGCAUGAUGUGGGCCUGCCCUGAAGGAGCUUACAACCAAGUGUCUCAGCUCUGUCUUUCGGGGGAAGUAGGAAAUAGGAAGAGAAAUCUGGAACUUUCUUUUUAAACACUCAAGAACCUGAGUGUUUUUGUGCUACAAACAAAAGCGCUCUGAGAAGUCUGGCUUGGAAGCUACUCCGAGAGUCCAGCUAAUGGUCCAGGGAAGUGGCCCACGGCUGGGAAGCCCAGCGGUGAAGAGGACAGGCCCUGCAGACUGGUGACUCUGGGUGUGAGGCCUGAAUUACCAGCAACAUAACCACAGGCUGGGUGUUUAAUCUUUCUCUGCCUCAAUUCUCUCCUCUGCAAAACAGGGGACAGUAAUGAUACCAACCUCAGAGGAGAUGAUGCAGGAAGGCGCAUAGGAAAGCAUCUGGCACGCAGUACUCAAGAUGAGCUGCUGGGGCCAGCCCCGUGGCUUAGCGGUUAGGUGCGCGCAAUCUGCUGGUGGAGGCCCGGGUUCGGAUCCCGGGCGCGCACCGAUGCACCGCUUCUCCGGCCAUGCUGAGGCCGCAUCCCAUAUGCAGCAACUAGAAGGAUGUGCAACUAUGACAUACAACUAUCUGCUGGGGCUUUGGAGGAAAAAAAUUUAAAAAAUUAAAAAAAAAAAAAGAUGAGCUGCUGGUAUUCUGAGACCUAAAGAAUAAGAGGGCGCUGAGCAGAAGGACUAGCAUUAAGUCGAAGUUGUGACACAGAGAAGAUCUUGUGAGCAUUGUCCAGUAAGUAUUCUCUCUGCCUGUCCUGAACUGCUAUCUCCAUAGCAACAGGUUACAGAUCUGCUUGUUGGGUCUCCACCCAAACUUGCUCCACAUUGCUGAGGGUCACCGUUAUCUUAAAUGCCUCAUACGGGCCACACGAGACUGACAGAGCUAUUAGGUCCUGAAGCUGGAAUCGGAAAGGCAAAUCUGGUUAUGCUGUCUGUCUACUUAAAAUUUGUCAAUAGCUCCUAAUAGCCUUCAUAUGAAAGUGUGACAAGAAAUAAGUCACUAACACUGGUUUGAGUGUGGUGGGACAGGCUGACUCCUAUCCUGCUACUAGGAAGACAGACACUGACCCAGCCUUUCUGGACAGCAAUUCGCCGUAUGUAUUAAGAGCUCAAAACACAUAUAUUCUGUGACCUAAGGAAAUAUUUUUAAAAAUCAAAAUUAUAUACUCAGAUAUUAACACAGCAUUAUUUAUAAUAGCAAAAUUAGAAAAAUCCAGUGAUGCAAUCAUAUUUAAUAACAAGGAAAAAUGUUCAUGACAUAUUCAAUUUUAAAAAGCAGGUUAGGAAUGGUACAGUCUCAUUUUAGUUAAAUAAACAUACAUACACAUAAAUAUAUAUGUGUGUGUAUAUACACACACAAAUAAAGGUAUAUAAAUGAAUAUAUAUAUCAAAGGAUAUAUAUACAAAAGGUAAAUACUAAUUAGUAAGGUGAUCUUUCUACAAUGAACAUUUAUACCUUUAAAGUUUUUGUUAUUGUUUAUGAAUAGUUUUUUGUUGUUGUUGUUUUUGGUUUUGGUUUUUUUUGUGAGGAAGAUCAGCCCUGAGCUAACAUCCAUGCUAAUCCUCCUCUUUUUGCUGAGGAAGACCGGCUCUGAGGUAACAUCUAUUGCCAAUCCUCCUCCUUUUUUUUUUUUCCCCCCUUUUUCUCCCCAAAGCCCCAGUAGAUAGUUGUAUGUCAUAGUUGCACAUCCUUCUAGUUGCUGUAUGUGGGACACCACAUGGCCAGACAAGCAGUGCAUCAGUGUGCGCCCGGGAUCCGGACCCGGGCCGCCAGUAGCGGAGAGCACGUACUUAACCGCUGAGCCACGGGGCCAGCCCCCUGUUUAUGAAUAGUUUUGAUGUGAUAGGAUACUUCUGAUAUAAUGUGAAGAUAAAAAAAUGUGUAUAGCCAGUAUAAUCUCAAUUAUGUAAAUAAAUGACUCAUUAAAGAAAAGCUAGCCAUUUAUACACUGCUAGUAGACAUGUAAUGGUACAACUUCUGUAGAGGGGAACUUGGCAAUUUCUAGUAAAGUUACAUACCCUCUGAUCCAGCAUGUCUACUUCCAGUAAUUUACACUAUAGAUUUACUCCACGUGCAAAAGAGGUAUGUAAGGGAUAGACAGUGAAACACUUUAUAUUAGUAAAAUACUGAACCAGUCCAAAUUUCCAUCAAUUAAGGAUUGGUUACAUAAAUUGUGGGUACACCAGUAAAACAGAAUACCAUGAAACUAUCAAAAUUAAUAAGGCAAUACACUGAUUUGGAAAGAUCUCCAAGGUUUUUUGUUAAGUGAAAAAAAGCCAGAUGUAAAACUGUGUUAGAGAAUGCAACCAUUUAUGAGGGAAAAAGAUAUAUGUCCACACAUCCAAAUGUGUGUAAACAAAUAGGAUAUCUCUGCCAAUAGUGCUUGUCUCUGAAAAAGGGAAGUGGGUGGGAGGAGGGCAAUGGAUACCUUUUGUCCCUUCUGAUUUUUAUACCAUGUGCAUAUAUUACCUAUUCAAAAAUAUUCUUAAAUCUUAGAGGUUAGAAAGAUGUGUAGAAUUAUCAAUAUUGUUGCUUCACAGUGGUGGUAUUUGAGACUUAUUUUCUGCUUCUUUUGUUUUACUGUACAUGCCAACUAUUUUUUUAAAUAAAUAAAAGCCUGAGAGUAAAAUUCAAAAUAAACCUUUUUAUUUACUGGA